CAAAUAAAAUAAAUACGUCAUGUCAAACUGCAUGGCUUUAUUUUAUUCGUUUUUUCACGAUGUUUUUGUGAUCUUUCCUAAUCUAUUUAGAUGAAUUAGUCUGUUAUUGUAGUACGGUAAUUUUCUUUUUAUUCAUAGCUACAUUCAAUUGAUUGAUUGAUAGAAUUGGUAUUACUACUACUGCUAGAUAAUGGAUUCGUCGUCAAUAGUCAGUUUUAACAAUGAUUCUACUUUCCAAACCACUUUAAAAGGAGAUUGUAAUAAUAUUAGCGUUCAUGAAUUGGCUCUUCACGCUAUGAGAGAUCGAUGUCUUUUGCUUCAAAGAAGAAUAAACUCAUUAGAAUCCGACAAUAUGAGAUUAAAACUUGAUGUGGUGAAAUCGACCGAGUGUACGCCUUACAGUCCACUGAAGGAGGAUGAGAAACUUAUACUGCACCAAAAAAUUGCGGAGCUCAAUAAACAGAAAUCAAAACUUAUGCAUCAUGUUUUUAUGGUUCAGUGUGAGAACAAAAACUUAUGGAACAAAAUAUCUACUAUAAAAGGACGUGAUAAGGGUUCCAACAAAGACAAACAACCUUUAGUACGUACUAAUACUUACAUUCACAGUACUCCAAAGGGCAGUGCAAAUUACCAAGAAAAGUAUUCUGAGUCAAGUCUGGAGGAAAUAUCUUUAAAACUAAUAAACAGCUACAUUCAAGAGAAGUCACAGUUAGUUGAACAGUAUGAACAGAUGGCACAGCUUCAAGAUAUGGACGAUGAACUUUUGAAUGUUGAUUCCAUUGGCUUUACAUACAUUGAAGACCCAGCUACAGACUCUUUGAAAGAAAUUCACACUCAAACAGAAAAAUUACAGAAUUUAAAAAAGGAACUAGUGCAACAGGAAUCUGACUUAAAAUUGAUCAUUGCAAGAGUUGAAACUAUAAUGAGAGAUGGCUACAAAUGUCCUACAUGUAUUGCAAAUAAUGCAAAAGUUACAACAGAACACAAAGAAAUAGAAACAAGUGACAGCUUAGCUAAUUGGGCAACACCAGCAGAUUCCAGUACAUAUAAUAAUAAUUUUAGUGAAUUGAAUACAUCAGCGUUUAAAAAGAGUAUAAUAGAAGAAAAUGAGAAGGACAAUAAAGAUGAACCUAGUGAUAAAAUGUGUCCUAUGUGUGGACAAACAUUCCAAAAAGAUGUUGAGUUUGCUCAAUUUCAGGCUCAUGUUGAAAACCAUUUCUUAGGUGAAACUGAACCUGACUCCAUUACUGAUAAUUUUGAUCAUGUUCCUAAUUCUUUUGAUAAUAUUAUUUAAUUAUUUUUAUGUUUAAUGUGUCAUUUUUAUUAACUGUGACUUUGGGCUGUUAAUCUCUGAUCGAAACCCUGAUUCCAGUACAGUAUAAUAAUCUGAAUAUGUUUAUUUAGUAAAUAAGUGGUGUGCACCAUAUAUGAUGAUGCAUUGCACUUGGAUGAGGUUAAAGUUACAAUAUGAUUUUAUGUAUAAUUUGUAAGUAUUAAGACCUAAGUUCAAGAACUGUUGUACAUUCAUGAUUAGUGAGCUCUUGAACGGGAUAGGUCCAUAACACAACAAAGCAUGCUGAUUAAGAUAACAAUCUCCAAAUCAAUACAAACUUUUUUGAUCACAACAUUCCAUACAUUUGAGCUUUAAGAAAUUACAAGUCCUCAUACAUGAGCUUUCCGCUGCAGUUUUACCUGUCUCUAGGAAGUAUCUACUGUACUCCAGUCACAAGGAACCUGUUUUUUGAUCUUUCAAUAUUAGUGGAAAGGCUACAAGUUUUUUAUUUACAGAAAAUUCAAACUGUUAAAUAUUUGCAUCUCUAGUACUAUCACUAUUUGUAGGGAAUUAUAAUAGCAACAAGGUAGUAAGAAGGUCUCAAUGUUUCAUAAGUUAGAAUAUCAGAAGUUUACAGGUACUGUGUAGCUGUCUUAUGGCCAGUUGGAGGCAGAUAAUUUUCAUUUAAAAAUGUAAUAUAGUAACUGCCUCCCUUUAUAUAAAGAAGCACAGAAACCAGAUGUAAAACAUUUAAACAAGAAGAGUGAAAUUGAUUUUAUAUUUGUAAUUUAUGUUUUAUUUAUCAAAUUGAUAGCUCUUAAUACAACUACUUUAUUACUA